AUACACCGAGCAAAAUUUCGGACGUUGCGGCUCUGCAAUUUCCCAAACGAACUUCCUUCUACGAAAGCAUUUUCAUACGCAUCAUGUGCAUGCGGCGCGCAAUUGCGCUAGUACUGUCCUUCGUUCACCCUUCCACGCGAGCGCUAUCGCACUGGCGCAAUGUCUGAAAAAAAUACAUCCAAGAUUAUUCGUCCCCGUAACAAAGGAAAGCGUCCCACUCCCGGCUCGUCUUUGCAAGCAUCGCAUCCCUUGACCCCUUCGGAGUCCCCUGUUUCGCAGGUCCAUGUCACUAGUCCCAAUGUAUCUUCUGAUCACGACAACACCCAUCGCUAUCAGUUCAGAGGGUCGACGGGACCUUCAUAUCUUGAGCCCGCAGUGGCUGCUCAGCCUGUACCUUCCGGUGGUCGCCGCGCUGAUCCGACGGAACCAGCAUCUUCCACGGGCCGCAGAUUGUGGAAGAUCUGGGGGAAAUUUGCUCUCAAUCGUAGCAAGCCCAGCACUCCCGAUCUUGGUGAACAGUCGAGACCAUCCGCACCCCCCACCAGCCAUCCGUUGAUGAUAAAGUGCUACCUCCAUCUCCCCUCACCCCUACCGACAAUAUUGAUGAUCUCCUUGAGGCAUUUGGGUCGUAUACCACACCCGGCGAUCACCUGAACGUCCACGCACAAUUGGAUUGUGAGGGUAUCCACGUUUCUGGCAUAUCGGAGCUCACGGUCACUCCAUCAGCCAGCCUAAAGAAUGAUCGAAAAAAAGUAAUCAUUGGCGGUAUAACGCUGGUUCUACAAACUGCAGCCCAGGCUCUUAAGUUGGCCCCGGUUCGGGGUCUUGACACAAUUCCGAAUUUACUUCUGACGUGGCUCCAAGUUUACGAGUCUGUCGGUGGAAACGAUG